AUGCAUCCCAAGCAAGAUACCGCAGAGGGCCGCCAGAUUUUUGAAAAGUACUCUGCUGGUGUUUGGCAGCAAAAGGGGAUUAGCCAUAAUACCCCAACGUCACGACGUGGUCAAACCUCGUUGAAACGAGUGGCGACCGACUCCGCUGCACCCAAGCAGACGGCAAGGAGGACAUCCAAAUCCCGCUUUCUGGCCAUUUUUGGCCGUAAGAACGAUCGCCUCCAAAACCCGUCAAUCACAUCGGAUACGGUAGCAGCCGGGUAUGCGGCCCGCAUCGACCUUCCCUUGGUCGGCACAGAUUCGCCUUGUCGGCAGUCUCCGACCAACAGAGGAGUUGGCCUUGAUGAGGAUGUGCGUCCAGUACAUGAACGCGAAGCAGGUAGCUGCAUCCAUGCGAGAGACAAUGACAAUCGAUUGCCGGUACAUUAUCCUUUGCCACUCAUAAAUCAAGCUGCCGUAAAUGGUGCAGUCUCGAUGUCGCAACUGCCCAAUGAGCCAACCAGCUCCAAGGCCCCGGCCGCGAAGUCGUCUCCUCAAUGUACGCAAGCAGCUCGCAUUCAGGGUCUUUCCCCGGCGCUAUGCACACCUCUCUCGGAUGUUCAAUCGUCAGAUUCCUUAGCAGAGGGUGCCUCGGUCGAAACGGAGAGGAGUAUAAUAUGUCGCGAAAAGCAUUACGAUAGUCGAGUGUUGGAUGCUGCGGCGUUUGAUAGCGCUUUAUAUCGGCAACAUGGAGUGCGAAAACCUACAUGCGUCUCCAUAUCAACGAGUCAACAGCUUUCAGUGCCAUCUUCAAGCGAAGAUCGGAUGUAUGCUCAUGCGAACCCUUUUAUUCACUUGACACAUAAUCGUUCAGAAGAGUGGUACGAAGCCAAAUCGCAGGAGAUACGGUCCCGCGGUCGACGUAAAGACUGGUUCGGCAAAGUGGUAGAAAGGCAAAGGUGGCUGCACAAGAAGCGUCAAUCGGCAUCAUGCAAGGGAGAUUAUUCUCUACGUUUAGAGCCCCAGCCGUGGACCUUCAACCGACCGUUGGACUUUGGAGAUGUACCGCAAUCAGAAUUGCCAGAUAUGGUGCAGCAGAACCCUGCAUGGCUCGAGGCUUGCGCUUGGUUUCGGGAAAAUGAGCAAAUACGGCACCUACGGCAUGUCGAGGCCAAGAAAAGCGAGCAAGAGACCAAGGAGUUUUACGAGGUCAUCAUGAACCAAAUGAAUUCUGGUGCAUAA